UAUAUGGCGGACGAUUUCGCUAUCAAGGUAUCUAUUAUCCCGCAAACAUUAGGUUUUUAUCUGAAUUCUGGUUGAAAGUCUUCAGAGUGAAUCUUUCAGUAGGGCUUUGGUCCGAGUAUAUCGUUGUUAACGAGGUUUUUUGGGAGCGUAUUAGAUAGAUACAAAAACUAGCAGGUAGGAAAACUUUGGUUGCGUUCAGCGUUACUAUGUACUAUUCACAGUCAGUGCUUUUCAAUUAUAGAUGCUGAAUAUGCAAGGCGUAUAGUCAGUACGUACGUCUAUUUGAAGUUGCCCGUACUGCGUUUUACAAGUAUACGUCGAUUGCUGAAUAGCUACUACUGUCUCGCCAUUUAAACAGACAAUGGCUUCGAAUACACACAUACCAGAGGUGCUGGAUAGAAACCGGUCCUCUUGAUUUGAAGACUAAACAACCUAUGCCGCCUGUUAGUUAGUGAUUUCUUGUAGUUUGCUGGACAGAAUGCUAAAUAACGGAUUUCCUUUGCUUUUUCCAUUCUGUUAUUAUUUUACGAUAGUCAGUUUAGAUUAGGUAAGAGGGCGAAAACGAAGCAUGGAAUUUCAAUGCGGCGCGGUUAAAGAGCCAGAUCCAAAACUCACAUAUCCAACAAAUACUUUUCCGCUAUAUCACCAAGUUGCAGGCCAUCGCCAUGGAAAAGGUCAAACAAAAUUGGGUCUUCUUCUUCACAGCGACGGAUCGGUACUCAAACCGCUAGUGGAAAAUGAUGUACGAUCUAUACGAGAACAAGGUUUCUACGAAAAAAUAACAGAACAUGCUAAGAAUUGCACGGCCAGCUUUGCCGAGGCUCAGCAAUGCUGCGACCAGGUGCUGCAUGGAAUUAUCGGCUUAACGGCCCAAUAUCUCGGUGAAUUUCAAUCAGAUUACGUCGUUCCAGGUAUGGACGGCCCCCCCGUUAAAUACAUCAAAAUAGAAGAUCUGGUCCAUGGCUUCGAACUUCCAUGCAUCGCCGAUAUCAAAAUUGGUCGAGUCACAUACGGGCCUGAUGCAACUCCCGAAAAAAUUGAAAAACACGAAAGUAAAUUUCCGCCACAGAGAGAUAUUGGCUAUAGGAUAUUAGCGAUGAGAAUUUAUGAGGAAGGCAAGUUCAAAAUGUAUGGUGAUAAUUACUGUCUUCGAUUAACGAAGGACACUAUAGGCAAGGGCAUCAAGAAGUUCACUAAUUCAAAUCCCAAUUGUGUAGAGCUCAUGUUCGAUCAGCUGAAAACUAUAGAUAAAUGGUUUAUGAAUCAAAGACGAUUCGUAUUCUAUGGAAGCUCAAUUCUUUUUAUAUAUGAAGCAAAAAAAGAACAUGCGACCGUUAAACUUAUUGACUUCGCUCACGUGCACGAAAUGGAUCAAGAGAAUGGUAAACUCGAUGAUAAUUAUAUUUACGGUUUGAAGAAUCUUAUUAAGGAUUUCGAGGCCUGUCAGCCAAACUACGAUAUAAAACUUGCUCGAUGAAAAUAUGAGCAGACACCUUAAGCAAUGCGGUUUUCUUUGUAACAUUUAUCGGGUUUGAUACGAUCAUACUAAAGCUAGCUAAAUAAAGAAUUCCAAGAAAAAUCGGAGCACAGGAACAACAUUUUACAUCGCUACCAAACUGUCAGGUAGAUGUGCGCAGUACCAAUAAAGAUUGCUUCAUACAGCGUGACGAGUAAGUUCUUGUUCUCGCAGACAUACUUGGCAGUAAUAAUGGUCAGUAUUAAAAUUUUUUUAAAGAGAUAAUGAAUUGAGUUUAUUUGAUAACCAGUCAUCUUGCCCAGCUGUACGUUUGUUUUAAACCGUACAGCUGGGUAACAUUCGUAUGCGACGAGCACCCAAAAAAUAUCGCGGCACAUUCGUUAAUACGGUUAUUGUUAUGAGUCGGAUGUAUAUUGAAGUAUAUUAACAAAGGUCGCUUCGAUUGUUUCACCGCGUUUGUGACGUACUGCGGCAACAAAUAAAUACGACUUUACCUCGACAUAGUCGCUGCAGUUACAGUCACGUUACUGCCUCGAUAUUCGUGUGCCAUAGGGUGUUUAUUAUUGUCGUCUUUAUUACGAUAAUACAACUGCAGCAGUGUCAAACAUCAGCAGACAGAUCAGAGGCCCGGCAGGCCGGCUCAGAUCAUCUUAUGUAAUUACGCAUUAUAUUUCGUCAAUAAGUUGAAACCACUGUAUCUACCAAUUACUGGUUACUUCCGAUUUGGUAGUAGAGAGUUCUGAACAAAAAAAAACGACUCCAGUCAUGUCAAUUACGCUAUCGAAUGGAUCUAUAUAAAUAAAACUGUCAAUAAAUGUGAGAGUAACGACAAACAACACUUGUUCUAAUGAAUGAGAUUCUUAUGAUAACCAUAAGGCAGGCCUUUGCGAAUCGUAUACUGGCACGACCACGAGUGAAGGUUAGGCCCAGAUGCUGUUUCGAUGACUAAUUACUCUCUUUGCGACAUACGUAUAAUAUAGGAUCAUAGCAAAAGUGAGAACUCCAACAGUUGUCGGAUGGAUUCAUAUAUAGGUUGACGCAGGCUGGUUGUUGCACGCAUACUUGCGCGGACAACGAGAAACGCGAUGGCAGCGACAGCAACGGGUGUACUUGUGUGUACGCUGACGUAGUUGAUAUUUUCAAGCGCAACAAGCUGAGGCUGUUGCAGUUCAUUAUCUUUACAUUAACUUGGUAUCUUGACAUAAAUCGCAAGGCUUCAAAACAUGUCUAUGUUUGUCA